AUGGCGAGCAAGCUUCGAAUCGCGGUCCUCGAGUGUGAUACUCCGAUCGACACCGUCAGAAACCAAUACGGAACAUAUGGCGAUAUCUUCGAAGCUUUCUUUCAGCGAGGCGUAGGGGCUCUGAAGGAUUCUGGACAUGCAGUCGACCUCGAGGUCAGCAAAUGGGACGUUGUCGAGGCACAACAGUACCCAGACAUGGACACCGUCCACGGAAUUUUGAUUACGGGCAGCAAACACUGUUCCUUUGACGAUCAACCAUGGAUUGCGAAAUUGGUCGCAUACGUGCAAAAGGCCUACCAACUGGGCCAGCCACGGGUUCUGGGAGUGUGUUUUGGCCACCAGAUCAUUGCGCGUGCGCUGGGGGCUUCGGUUGGGAGAAACGACGCAGGAUGGGAGAUUUCGACUUGCCAGGUGCAACUCACAACAGAAGGGUCGGCGCUGAUGGGAGGCCGAGAGAGCCUGACUUUGCAUCAGAUGCAUCGCGAUAUCGUCCUCGAUAUUCCCAAAGGCAUUACCGGUCUUGGGUUCAGCGACCGGUGCCUGGUGCAAGGACUGUACCUCCCCAGGCGAUUGCUGUCGUUCCAAGCGCAUCCUGAAUUCAACGAGAAGAUUAUGUCCGAAAUCCUGGCAGUUCGGCGCAACCAAGCCAUCUUUACGCAGGAAAUGUUCGAGGACGGGCAAGCAAGAGCACCUCUGGCUCACGACGGCAACUUAGUAGCACGGGUAUCCUGCAAGUUCCUGCUUGACCCGUAG